AUGUUACAAAUUGAGCAGAACAAUUUAUUGAUCCAGAAGACGUUGACGGACCGGGUGUUUCCCACCGCAGAGUCGUCGUUGAAGUCGUUGGACAGAAUCAUCACUGACUUCGAUUUCACCAACUACCAUAUCUCCACAUUGCCAGACGACAAGGAGUCUAUUUUGAUCUCCAUAUAUGUUCAGUGUUGGAAGGACUUGGUCAAGUGCAAUGUUGCAGACUACUUGCAGUCCAAAUAUGCUCCCUUUUCUAGUUACUUGAGCAUUGCCAGUGAGACAGACAUAGAGCCAGGAUACAAUUUCUCGCUUCUCUUGGACACGAAGGCAUUGGCUUCACUGGGUGCUUCUGAUGAAGAGAAACAACAGUUGAUUGACGAGUUGGCGUUGCUCAAGAGACACUCGAUUGCCUCUGCGUUUGAGAAGGCCUUCAACCGUUAUGACGAACUAUCACAGCAAUAUUCGGGCUCCAACACCUACGCCGAGGAGAUUCAGGCGGAGUUGUUCAACGAAGAAGUGUUGGUGAUCAACUACCGUGGCGAGGAGGAGAGUAUCUACAUCAAGCCAUCGUUUGAUAGAGUCACAGUGAUCUUUUCUACCAUCUUCAAGGACGAAACAGACAAGAUCUUUGGUAAGGUGUUCUUGCAGGAGUUUGUAGAUGCUAGAAAGAGGUCGGUGCAAACGGCUCCACAAGUGUUGUACACCGACAAGGAAGCACCAUUGGAUAUUCAAAGUGUGGUCAACAAACGCCAGGAGCAUGAUAACAAGGGAUAUGUCACGUUCGUGUUGUUUCCCAGACACUUGACCCGUGGUGAUCGUAGAGAGAACUGUAUCUCACAUAUCCAGUUCUUUAGAAACUAUUUUCAUUACCACAUCAAGUGUGCCAAAGCAUACAUGCACACGAGAAUGAGAUACAGAGUUAAGGGCUUCUUGAAGGUUUUGAACCGCGCUAAGCCCGAGAAUGUUGACGACGGCGGAAAAGCCAUUGAAAACAGAAAGACUGCCAGUGGAAGAAAAUUUGACGCGGGACGUAUCUAG